AUGGACGACACCAACAACGAACCUCCCGCCAGAAACGACCUUAGAAUAUGGCAACAGAACUUACGGAAAUCACUCAACGCAUGGGAGCACAUGCUCAAGAAUUUGGACCCGGAAUCUUUCGACAUAGCAUGCAUCCAAGAACCCUACUUCAACCCCGUCAACCUGGCGAACGCAUCCAACCUAGGCCGCUUCUGGGACGUAGUAUACCCAACUAACCAUCAUUCACAGCCCGACCGAUCGAAAACCCUUCUACUGGUAAACAAACGCCUCUCAAAAAACCACUGGCACAUAGUCCCCAUCCAUUCCCCCAAUGUGAUGGCAAUCGAGAUCCUGGGACCGUUUGGCAAGGUGCGUAUUUACAACAUUUAUAAUCAAUGCGACAACGAUAGCACUCUG